GAACGGAGCGCGCGCUUGUUCUAUGGAAAGCCAAUUGUAGACCAAUAUCGGAUUGUCGCCACAAACAGCGCAACCGGCCAUAUCCGAGUGCACUUGUGUUGUUGAUUGUUGUUCGCUCCGACUGUAUUUAUUUUUUUACCGGUAAUAUGUCUUCUGCUAAAACUGUUGCCACAGAAGGGGGUGUAGAUGGUCAACAUUCCAUUGUUAAGAAUGAGUCAGCCAAGUACUUGUGUUUCACGUCGUGCGACAAAGAUACAUGGAUUAUUCAUGUAACUGAUGGCACUGAUGUGUGGCGGCUGGCUAUGGAUUAUCUCCAGUUAGAAUCUCAUAGAGAUUUGGCAGAAGUGACUACAUAUGAGGCUUACUUUUUAAGAUUCAGGAAUGCUUUCAGAGUUGGAGACCUCACAGUGACGCUCCAGAACCAUAAGGUCCUUCUGACGGUAGGGAGCGGCUCCAAUGGUGCCAUCAGCUACGACCUGUAUGAAGCCAGAGCCAACGAGAAGAAAGCUGACCUACAGAGGGCGCUCUUCUACUUUGCAGAAAAUUGCAGUGAAUUGGAGAAGAGACUGGCAGCAAAAGAAGAGGAGUUGGCAUCAGUAAAGAAACAGAGGUCAAAUGCCACUGAUCAGGGCAACAUGUUGAAAGAUUUUGAAAUGAAGAAGCACACAGGAAGCCAAGCCAAGAUGGUCAAACAGCCAGGGCUCAGCAUUGUCAACCCUUCCAGUAAAAAACGAAAAGCUGCUAAAGGAGUGGAUUUUGACUGAUGCCAGACGAUGGAUAUGCUUAUCAAAUGAAACACAACUCCAAAGGGUGAACAUAGAAGUCUUUCAAGAUGGAUGUAUGGUAUUGAUAACUCAUACAUAUCACGAUGCGUGCCCUGAAUCUAGUGCAUAUUUCUCUAUGUGACUCAAGCUGUGAUUU